GUUCAACCUGCAACUGACGGCGUCACGUCUCCAUGGCAAUAGGAAACAUUCGCGGGUUCAUUGAAACACACUGCAUUCCUUUUAAGUUUGGCAAAAAAAAAAAAAUCCCGGAACUGUUUUAUACAGCGUGUCUGUUCUUAGUACAGACAUUAAUUAGCUUUCAUUAACGAAAUUAUUGAAUUCACUUUCAUCUGUCUUUUGAAUGUCAUUCUGCACUACGGGCGCAUCCCAGUAUAUGCCAUGUCAAAUAAGCUACUGAUGAGAGCAAUCCAGGGAAAUGCUAAAAUCCUAAACCUUAACGGAAAGAAACUUAAGGAAGUCCCAAAUGCUGUGGAACGCCUGUCUGCUUUAGUCAGUCUUCAACUAAAAAAUAAUAUAAUUUCGAAGCUUCCAAACGAGAUGGCAACUCUCAGAAACCUUACUGAACUUAAUUUGGGGAACAACAUGUUUGAAGACUUCCCAGAGGUUUUUGUUCACAUGACAUCUUUGAGAAUACUUCACUUGUUUGGAAAUAAGAUUGAAAGAAUAUCGCCAGCUGUACUUGGUGGAUUAGAAAACUUAACCCUUUUAAAUCUAAAUAACAACCAACUUACAUCCCUACCUCAGGAAAUUUCAAGGUUAAAGAACCUUGCACACUUGAGUGUGAACAAUAAUUAUUUGGAAAGUGUUCCUGAUGAGAUUUGUUUGUUAACUAGACUAACUGAACUUCAUAUGACCAACAAUCAACUCACAGUAUUGCCUAGAAGUAUUGGUCUUCUGACUAAUCUUAGGAAGCUUUAUUUGUCUAGAAACCAAAUUUAUGAACUUCCCGAAGAACUUUGCAAAUUAAGACAUCUGACGAUUCUAGAUGUUGCAGGAAAUAAAAUACGAAUCUUCCCAAGUGAUACAGACGAACUUUAUUUGCAUGAACUUUACAGUGAAGAUAAUCCUCUACUACAGAAACACCUAAUUAUGGCUGUAGAAGAAGAAGAGGUUCUGCCUCUCUUGGAAAUAACUGCAAGGUUUAUAUCUAAGGAGCUGAAAAACAGAUGGUCUUCCCUAAGAAUGGCAAUUAUGCAGCAUCCAGAAGCAAGAAAGCUUCUUGCCCAGGGGAAAAAAUGCGCUGUUUGUAGUGAAUAUUUCCUGAACACUUGGUUAGAAUGCGUCAAGUUUAUAAAUGUUAAAAAGGAACUGAAGAUUACCUGUCAGCUAAAAUUUCUACCGGUAAAAGUUUUUCUUUGCUCUUACAAAUGUUUUAACCAGUCUGGGCAUGAAUACUAUGGAGUCGCUGUUCCAUGAAGCAAAACAACACUGGAGAAUUCCUUGGAAGAAUCAUGAUAUUGUAAAUUAACUGUGUAAUCUCUUUUCUACAAUCAAGCAUGCUGACAGCAUAUAAACUCUUUAUGCUCCCUCAUUCACUUUUGAAUGUAUUACUUAAAGAAAUACAAUAUAAUACCGGAUUUAAAUGGCUAAGCAACAUCCACAACUUUUUCUAUGUAAGAUAUCAAAAAUGGUAUAUAUGUUAAAACAAUUCGAAUUUGGCCCCUCACAGGAUUGAAAAUAAAUUAUUAAAUGAGUGAAUGAAAAGCACUUUAUUUUUUUGUGACUGAAGGGGCCAUGGACUGUGUCAAUGUUGUGGCAAGGAAAAGUUUUACCAGCACUAACAAAAUGCUCACUUAUUUGCCUUCACCAUAUUUCAGCUAUGCUGCAGCAUUACUAACAUAACAGGAACAUUAGUAUUGCUCUUUUUUUAAAAAAAAAUAUGUGCUCAUUUCAUUCUCAACCAUAUUUAGAAUCUCACAAUCAUUUUUUUUUAAUUUACAAAGAUUACAGAAAUUGUUACUGAGAAAUUGUUACUGAGACAUCAGCAGUGGUGCAGCGGUAGCGUUGUGUGGAGUUUGCAUG